CCAUGGACCAGAGCACGCCAGGCACCACGGAUGCUUAGGCUGCCUAAUAAAUCUGUUAGCCUUCGAGGUGCCACAAGCCUCUGGGCUGCUCUUUGUUACAUCUUCGUGGAUGCUUCAGCUGAGAUUCCUGCAUUGCAACGGGGCAACUUUACGAUUCUAGGACACCCGACGAUCAGCGACCUCCUUUCUGCCAAGCGGGCACGGCCGGCCCUCCUGGCCUCCCCGGGAAAUCCGCCUCUUUCCUGGGCACUUGGGAAAGCGGCUCCAGGCUGAAAGAGGCCCCAUCGCGGCAACUUUAGCCCUGGGGGCGCACGCUUCUUUCCCUCCCGUGCAAGCCCCCCGUUCCUGUCCCCCCCCCCCGCAAGAUCGGCCAUGUUAUGGAGGCGGAGAGGAACCGGAUUCGCUCCCUGUCCUGCUCCGGAAGCGGCGGGGCGAAUGGGAAGGGACGCGGAAGGGAGGCGCGAAAGCGGCGUUGCGCACUCUGCCGAAGCCGCGAGCCGAUGGGCAAGAAGGAGCGAGGUGAGGAGCCGGAGAGGCAGCCCUUUCCUUUGCAAGGGGAGCGGAGCCCAGAGAGAUCGUCCCGACCGAGUGGUCCCCAGGGAUCUCAUUCCCUACGCAUCCCUAGCAAGGGAGAUUUCCAAAUCCUGGAAGCCCUCGGGGGUCCCUGUUUUCUUUCGUUGGGGAGGGCUUGAUUACCUUACCUCUUUUGAACUGUAGGAUGCAUGACGGGAUAAGUAAAAGAGAGCAUACCUUUUAUUAUCUUAGGCACCUUUGUCUUUUUUCAACACAUGCCUAUUUUGGGGAACGCAGCUGUAAAAAGGCGUCUUUUUUUCUGGCAGCUACAAAAUCGGUAUCUACAGUUAGGCAGGCCGAUUAGCUAUACUUGCUCCCGAGCCCUGUUUUAUUCACUUUGUGUUUUUAGGCAUAGCUUUCCGGUUUGAAAAUUCAGCUCUCCUAAGUCACGUGUUGCGUACUGCUUUUCAAAACAACUUUUGUGAAUAAAAAGAAUUUCUGCAUGCAUCUAUGUGCUAGGGGCCCAAAUCGAAGAUUGGAACUGGCAGUUGGAGUUCAAUGAUAAAAUGCAGGCCCUUCCAGCAGGAAGUUUCCAGGUUUUUAUCAUCAACCCCUUACGGUUAAGAAGAGUUUGGAAGCUUAGCAGGGUGAAUGGGCUGACUGAAUGUCUCAACAUUAGCCUCUUCUAGGGUUCAUUUAAAUUAGUAAUAUAGCUGUCAAGGAGCAUAGAGAGAACAGAUUUUUGGAGCAACACUGGUGGAAUGUUUGGAGUGUGACUCCUGAGAAUUGGCUGGAUUGGAAGCUUGGUUCUUCAGUGAUGUGUUUGAGUUUGACACUCCUGCUUUAGAGGGCCAAUUUGUCUUGGUUUAUUUGACCUGGUACUCCUCUUGCUGCCCAGUGAAUACUUCUCUCUCCAUAACUGUGUGUUGGCGGUAUAAACAACCCAGUCUGUGCCUCUUGCUAAUUAUUUUUUUAAAAACUCUUUAGUGGCAUGACUUUCAGAGGCGUAUUAGUCCAUGGAAGUUGUAAGCAGACAUAUGUGCAUUUGAAGGAAAACACAUUAUCAGUGCUUAGCUUGCAAGCACAUUUCACUUCCAUUUUUAAAGCAAAUGAGUGUGCGGUUGUCAAUCAGUUAUGUCACUCUGUUUUGGGUCUUUUCUCUUGCUCUGGAUUUUUUUACAUGGACAUUUCUUGGAAUGUAGAAAAUACAUUCACAAUAUGUGAAUGUAAUGCUAUUUGCUACACAUUCAUUUGCUACAAAUAUUUUCAUGGUAGGGAAUCUAAUUUUGUCCUAAUAACAGGAAAGGCUGAUAAUAUCCUAUAGCCAUAUGCGUUUUCAAUGAGACAAAAAAGCGGAUGCAAAAUGAGGGAAGUCUAGUCCUAAUAGUUGCCCUGCUCCACAUAUUCUGUCAGGUGGGGGGUGGUAGCUGGGCGUAGUUUGUGGGAAAGCCUUCCCAGUCAAAUUGGGACCCCUGUCAAGCCUGGUUAGAUCUGAGGACCAAAUGUCCCCCGUCAGGGAGCAACUUUUGGUUUUCUGAAGAUUCUUCAUAGAGAAAGGGCAAAGGGGUUCCAUAUGGGUUUCUCUACAGACAGUAUAGUAUUGUAAAAUUCAGCGCCUGUGAUUUGUUUAGCAGGAAAAAAAAUUCUGAGUUGCGGGUGUGUUUUAAACCGCUUGGGCCUUGGUUUUCAGAUAAGAAGAAAUCUAAGAAACGACACUAUGAGGAAGAAGACGAAGAAGAAUAUGAUAUCUCAGGCAAAGAGUCCCAGGAAGCCGUUCCCUCGGCAGCAGGGAAGCAAGUGGAAGAUUCCUCAAACAAAAUAGAUGAAUAUGGAGCGAAAGACUACAGGAACCAGAUGCUCUUAAAGGCUGAUCAUUCCUCACGCCCCUUGUGGGUGGUAAGUUCCAUGAACUUGGAAUGCUCACGUUUCGGCAAAGGAAAUGUAUCAAAGUAUUUGGAUAUAUUGAGCUGGUUUGCAUGUGAUGCUGAGCCAAACUAUGGCUUAGUGUGAACACAGAGGUUCCCAGAGAGGAGAUUGCAGCCGGUGUGCUUCUUCUAUUAUGCUCUUGCACUGACGUGAGCUGUCCCAACCUAGACUCAUGGAUUGGAAUAAUAUAUGAGUGCAGUGGGACUUCUGCCAUCUGGUGCACGGCAUUUCCAGGAGAACACUUAAAAGUGAUUUAUUCCCCACAGGUGUAUUUUCUUCAGACUGCUUGGUAGCCUUUAAAAGUUACCUUUCUUCCAAGGAGCUCACAGCUCGGGGUAGCAUGCAUGGAUGCUUACAACACACAUUUGCCCUUACAACAACCGUGUGAGGUAGGCUAGGCCAUCAGUAUAUAGUGGCCCCAAAUCACCCAAAGUGAAGCUUCAUGGCAUUUGAACCUGGGUCUUUCCAUUCCUGCUCCAACCACUACACAAUUGGCUUUGGGUGAAAUUGUUUUAUUAUUAAUUUUAAUUAUGGAUAGGUUUUUUUAAUAUUCAGAUUUAUGCUUCUUACGUUGCCAUUGGGUUUUAUUUGUUGGUGAACUGCCUUGGUAUUCUCGAAAAAAAGGGUGGGAAAUAAAUUCUUUUAAUAAUGAUGAACAUACAGAUAAUAUAAAGUAUUAUUACCAUUGAUGCUUGCCUUUUUUGUAGGCCCCUGAUGGCCAUAUUUUCCUCGAGGCCUUUUCACCUGUUUACAAGUAUGCCCAGGAUUUUCUAGUUGCCAUCGCUGAGCCUGUUUGCCGACCCACCCAUGUCCAUGAAUACAAGUUGACGGCUUACUCUCUCUAUGCUGCUGUCAGCGUGGGCUUGCAAACGAGUGAUAUCACCGAAUAUUUGCAGAAGCUAAGUAAGACUGGAGUGCCAGAUGGGAUCGUUCAGUUUAUCAAGGUAAGCGGUUAAUCAUUAUCAGCUUGCUUUAUAUUUUAAAACUAAUAAUAUAACAACAACAACAACAGUCUGUUGCUGUGCUUGGAGCUGCCCAAGAACAUCGGUGCACAACUUAACAAGAUCUUCAAUAGAUGAGUGGUGGAGACUUGCCAGUCCCAAAGUCACUCAUUUAAGUGGGGCACAGCAGCGAAAAGAAGGAGGAAGCUAAACACUGAGGAUCGGGCAUCAUGAAGAAGUGUAUAGGUAGCUCAGUGGAGCAAUGCUCUAUGGAUGCUGCAAAAGCACAGCCACUUGCUGCUGUGAACCUCGGCCAGGAUUUUGCAAGCUACAGUGGUGCCUCGCAAGACGAAAUUAAUCCGUUCCGCGAGUCUCUUCAUCUUGCGGUUUUUUUCGUCUUGCGAAGCACGGCUAUUAGCGGCUUAGCAGCUAUUAGCGGCUUAGCGGCUUUAAGAAAAAGGAAACAAACGCGCAAGAACUCGCAAGACGUUUCGUCUUGCGAAGCAAGCUCAUAGGGAAAUUCGUCUUGCGGAACGACUCAAAAAACGCAAAACCCUUUCGUCUAGCGAGUUUUUCGUCUUGCGAGGCAUUCGUCUUGCGGGGCACCACUGUAGUUCUGGUCAAAGCUGAGAGCGGAUCUUUGGUAUCAGGUCAUUAUGGGGCUAAGCCAUGGUGUCUGUCUUCCACCCCUGGGCAUAACAUUUAGGAGAACUUCUCAUGUGCAUUCUACCCUUCACAUAGUGAGCACUGCCUCAUUGCCAGUAGGUGCCAUGGCAUGGAAUGAAAGUGGGGAAACCUGCUGUGUGAUGCGCAGGAUUCAUGUGGCCAUGGGAGUUGUCUAAAUCUCAGGUAGCCAACGUAGUGCCCUCCAGAUGUUGUUCAACAACUCCCUUCAGCUCCUGCCAGUAUGGCCAAUGGUUGAGGAUGAGAGGGCCUGGCUGCCCAUGUUCUAAGCCAGGGUUUCCAGUUCCCUGCUGUUUUUAGACUACAGUUCUCAUCAUCCCUGACCAUUGGUCCUGCUAGCUAGGGAUGAUGGGAGUUGUAGCCCAACAACAGCAGGAGACCCAAGUUUGGGAAAUGCUGGUCUAAUCCAAGUUUUUGAAAAUGUGGGGCCUUUGUUCUCUUUCAUGAUUCAGGCAACUUGACCAUGUAGCCUGCCUUGUUGGCGAUCUUGUGAAAUAAGCUGCAACAUUACUCUCGCCAUGUGUAUAAUGCAAAUUGAAUAUCUUCAGGAGUUCUGUUUCCAAUGCUUAUUAUUGUUUUGCAGCUUUGUACGGUCAGCUAUGGGAAGGUAAAGCUGGUCCUGAAGCACAACAGGUAAGCAGGUGUUUGCUUUUUGAGUUGCAGGGGAUUAUUUCCCAACCCAUUCCCAAAUCCCAAAUAAUAGCUGAUUACUGAGUUUCGGCUGGGGUGCUGCUUGAGUGAAUUAUCUUCUGUUAUAGAACGCCAUUGCAGAAAGCAGUGUGAUUGGAGAAGCAAUGUUCUUAACACACUGCCUCUUUAAAAACUGUCAUCAAGUAUUAACUGUGCCAUUACUUCACAGUUGUCCUAAAAGUACAUGACACAACAUCCUAGCAAAGUGUGUCAUACAGAGGAGCAACAUGCCCCGUGGAGGCAGACCUUCUGUAAAAUGGUGGUAGAUGUUGUUAACAUUUGUGAAAUCUAUAGAAUUCCCUCUCCUUUUCUCUAAUUCCUAGGUAUUUUGUAGAAAGCACCCAUCCUGAAGUCAUUCAGCAGCUUCUCCAGGACCCGGUUAUUAGAGACUGCCGGCUGAGGAAUGCAGAAGGGGAAGAAACUGAACUCAUCACUGAAACAUUCACGAGUAAAUCAGCUGUACGUUGAGAUUCUGGACCACCUUUUUAUGUAAUAUGUCCCCUUCUUUCUUGACUAGAAGCUGUAGAAAAGCUUACCUUCCUGCUGUACUCAUCCCAUUGAGUUUCCCACUCCAUUGGAGGUAUCAGAGAUGGCCAUGAGGCAUGUUGGUUACAUGUUUCACUGGGACACUCUACUUCUCUUCUUCUGCCAGCUGUCCUCACUGCUGUAUGGCAGUGAUGUGGGGCUCCUGCUUAUUUGCAGCCUGUAUUGGAGUACAGCUUGUCUCAUUAGUUGCCUUUUACAAGGUCCAGCUAAUUGACAGAACUUAAGCCUCUUUCUAGCCACCUUUUCCUCUAGCCUGAUGAAUUUCUGUUCUAGAUUGCCAAGUCUAGUGAAGGGGGCAGUGGCCCUUCGACGUCGCAAGGGACAGAUGCUCAGGGUAAACCAGGUGUUCCUGCUGACUUAUUUGAGUUUUACGAACAAAUGGAUAAGGAUGAAGAGGAGGAGGAGGAAACCCAGACUGUGUCUUUUGAAGUGAAACAGGUAAAAAACAACCACACCCAUAAAUUUGAUGGCACCCCCAUUGAGGAGUACCCUAGCCACAGCAUAUUGAAUAUGAAUUAAUUCAGUUUUGCAGUAACAGCAUGACUUGGCAGGACAUGGUUCUCCGUGGUUGUUGUCAGCCCUUUGCUGCUUAGUUUGAAGAGCCAUUUUCCUUCCUCCCAGGCUCAGUUGUAUCUGUGGGUCCUUCAGUGAUCUUCAGUUUUGCAUGCCACACUUCAGCCAACUGCCUUGGCAGUUUUGUGUGACCGCAGAACAAUGUCCUUUAAACCAGUAAGACCAAAUGUUCCUUAGAAACUGAUUUCUAUUGUAGUAUGAUCAUUUGUCUGCAGCUGAUAAGGUGAAGUGGAUCUUGGCCAUGUUAAUGCAAACUCUUAACCUACGUUUAGCACGGCAAAGUAUAUUGAAUGGUCUUUCAACAGGUAUACAGAGGAAGAACCAAGGCUACACAUUCUGUUCCAAGGAGAAUAUCCUAAUUCAUGCUUAGUUUGGUCUGUGAACAUUGAUAGUGGCUGCUCUUCCCUUCCACAGAAAUAGAAUAGAAAUUGUAUGGCUGUCUGUACCAUAGGGAAACCAGAGCUGAGAAUAGUUCUGGAUUGAGCUCAUGACUUCAGUGAGUGUGCUCCUUCACAAGCAGGGCUAGGGAACCUGAUAGGCCCUCCAGGUGUUGCUGGACUACAACUUCCAUGAUCCCUAACCAUUGGCCAUACUGUUCACUCUUCUGGUUUCAAGGGCAAAUUACUGUAUUUUUCGCUCUGACCAUAACACGCACAUAGUUUUCAGAGGAGGAAAACAAGAAAAAAAAUAUUCUAAACGAAACAGUGGAUGUAUGAUUUUUGUGGUUCAUGCUGUGGCCACAGACAUGUGAUCUGACGGUGAGUUUGGGGUAGCCCAAUGCAAAAAUCCUGAGGAUCCAUGUGGAUCCGUGCUUUGUAACCACGUUUUAAGUGGGGAGGGAAGGAAAAGCACUCAAGGGGCAAGGAGCACACGUGGGGUGUCUGGAGAAGGAUGCUGCUAAUAAUGCAGAAGAGGGGUAUAAGGGGAGAAGGCUCCUCUCCUCUCCCACUUUGCUCCUUUAAAACAAGCAGGCUCUGCUUCUCUCCCUCCUCCCUGGCUUAGAGAGCUGAAAAGCUUUGCUGCUAUGUCGCGAGCUGAGUGGGGAGGAGAGAGGGACAGAGAGCACGGUUUAAAGCAGCCAACCAGACAGGAGCCGUUUACACCUGUGUAAGUGGCUCCUCUCCCACUUUGCUGUUUCAAAGAGAGCCACGGAGGAGGGAAGGAAGGGGAACCAUGGAUCCUCUCCUCACGACUGCAGCAGAUCCCCCUCCCCCGCCACCCAUAGGCAUUCGCUUCAUAACACGCACAGACAUUUCCCCUUACUUUCUAGGAGGAAAAAAGUGAGUGUUAUGGUGCAAAAAAUACGGUAGGUAUUUUCUCCUGAAUAACCUGAGUAGCGUAGAGUACAUGUUACCUUAUGUUCAUGUGCACUCAGCCUGAGAAGUUGAUCAGGAUGAAGGUUAGAUAUUAAAACUGUAGUAAGUGCUUUCUGCAUCCCCAUCAGCUGGAGCUCUGAACUUCAAUCAAGUAUAUAAAUGUAAACAUAUGCUAGAAAAUUAAAGCAUAGGAGUGAUUUUUAAAGAGAGUUGAUUUUCUUGCUGUGGCUCAUAACAUGUGAGAAACAUUUUCGGAUUUGUCCAUGAUACCCAAAGCGUUGCAGCAUGUAUAUGUGUUUGUGUGCUAGUUAAUAAUAAUAAUAAUAAUAAUAAUAAUAAUAAUAAUUCCCCUCCAUCUUGAUGGGCCACCCUAGCCACCAAACACAUAGUCAAACAUUAAAAGCUUCAGAUAUAGCAACCUGACAUUCUUCUUUCAAGCCUUACAGGAAGAUUGUAGCUGAAGCUCCCAGCGAAUAGCAGAGUAGCAAAAUGAGAAAAAAGAUUUUGCCCCUGCUUCUUUUUUAAGGAAAUGAUUGAAGAGCUUCAGAAGCGAUGUAUCCAUCUGGAAUACCCUCUACUGGCUGAAUAUGAUUUCAGAAAUGAUUCGGUGAAUCCUGAUAUUAAUAUAGACUUGAAGCCAACAGCUGUCCUCCGACCAUACCAGGAGAAGAGUUUGAGAAAAAUGUUUGGGAAUGGCCGUGCUAGAUCCGGUGUUAUUGUCCUGCCUUGCGGUGAGUUGGCUGGGUUUAAGUUAAGAAGCUUUCUCAAAUUCUCUGAUUUUGGCUUAGGCUUCGUCACACAUAUGAGAGUGUUUAUUUUGCCGGAGAGCAAUCACUAAUCUGAACUUUUAUGGAUAUAUAUUUCUUGUGCUUGUAAUGUCUCUUUUCAUUCCUCUUGGAACAGCUUAUCCGACUUACUCAACUUGCAUCUACAUUUGUCUUGAGAGCGUUACCUGGGUCAGAUGUGCCAGUUAAACUUUUCCAUAUUUGUGUGACAGGCAGGACAUGCAUCACAAGUGCUUUUUCAUAUGACCACUUUAUUAGAUGUUCUCUCGAUAGAAUGCAGCUCUCUGGGGUCUUGUGCGCUUUCUAUUCUGGAUCCUACCGCACCUUGAGCUGUGGUGCAUUUCAGGCACAUUUUUGACAACUUCCCAUCUUUUUGUCCACUGCAGGUGCUGGCAAGUCACUUGUAGGAGUCACAGCUGCCUCCACGGUCCGCAAGCGGUGCCUGAUUCUGGGCAAUUCCGCCGUCUCUGUAGAGCAGUGGAAAGCCCAGUUCAAAAUGUGGUCCACCAUAGACGACAGCCAGAUCUGCCGAUUUACUUCUGAUGCCAAAGACAAGCCAAUUGGCUGCUCCAUCGCUAUCAGCACUUACUCCAUGUUGGGGCACACAACAAAGAGGUCGUGGGAGGCAGAAAAAGUAAUGGAAUGGCUGAAGAGUCAAGAGUGGGGCCUUAUGAUCCUUGACGAAGUGCACACCAUCCCUGGUAAACAAACCGUGUCCAUGUCUGUGAACAAUCCCAUUUGCCCCAGUCUUAAAUCCAGCACUACAGUCGUACCUUGGAAGUCGAAUGGAAUCUGUUCCAGAAGUCCGUUCGACUUCCAAAACGUUUGGAAACCAAAGUGUGGCUUCCGAUUGGCUGCAGGAAACAUCUGCAGCCAAUCGGAAGCUGCAGAAGCCCUGCCGGAUGUUUGGGUUCCGAAAGAACGUUCUCAAACCAGAACACUCACUUCCAUUUUUGCGGUGUUUGGGAGCCAAAACAUCCAAGUUCCAGGGCGUUCAGGGUCCAAGGUAAGGCUGUACUGAACUAGGGCAUUCCCAGUUAUUUCAUUCUGUAAUUUUGACAUGUGCUGUCACCUGGCUUCAAAAAUUAAUACAUGUUUCGGAACCCUAACAUGGGUGGAGCAUAUUGCAGUGCUGCUAGUUGCCCUGAAAACUGCUUUGUGAGCUUUCUCAAAACAAGUAGGAGCUGCAUUUUUUGUAAUACCUACUACUUGACUAUGAUUGCUUUGUAGCCUCUCUUUUCAUUAUUCUUAAGCGGAGAGGGAGUGAAAACCCAGUAUGAUUCACUAUAUGACAUUUAGAUUUAGACAUGGGCUAAACUUAUUGCAAAACUUGGAGAUUUCAUCUCUAAAAUGCGGGACUAGGGGUGGGUGGAAUCACAAACCAUCUCACCAAAAAUAUUGGGUCUUCAAACCCCCCUGAAAAAUACAAUUUAAAGACUUCCGGGGUGGCGCCACCAGCAAUGGCGGACUCCCUCUGAACUGGAGGGACUAGCUCCGCGGGAAACGGGUCUUCUCCGCUACGGCGAAGCGGGGACCCUUUUAAAAAUCACAGGCGGAUGAAGCCUGUGACCAUGGGACUCGGCGGGCACCAUUAGCGGCCCCCCAACCCGCUAAGGAACCCACUAACGGGCUCCGAAGUGAAGAGGGGGAAGUGGCGCAGUCAACUGCUAUUUCCAUGGAGCGAAGCCGCAUAGCCGUUGCUGGAGAGCGCUGCCUUUUUCCUGGGACAAUUUGGACUUUAAAAUAAGCACCCGUGAGUACUUAGACUUUGAACAAUUGGACAUCAAAUAAGGACUAGCGAGCAGAAAAGAAUUGGAUUUUAAAAACCUACUCUAAUUUGGUUCGGAACGGGAAGGUCUAAACAGGAAGUCAGCCUUCCGUUCUUUUGUAAACAGAAUAAAGCAAAGACAAUUUAAACUAGAGCUCAGAAAAUCGUCUUUAAAGGAUUGGAUUUCACCAUUUGAAAUUGUGGAACCCCCCUUCGACAGCAGGAGAGGGGGGGAUCUUUUUGGACUGUUUAAAGUGACUUUAAAGUAAAGUAACUUUCCUCCGUCCUGAUCCUUGAGCGGGGUGUCAGGACUGACGUUUGAAGUUCAUUGACCAAAGACAAGUGUUUUUGACAGAUAGCUAAAAGAAAAGAAACAUAGUGAUUCCACUGUUCCCCUUCGCAUUUUAAAGGAAUAUAUAUUGACAAAGUAUCUCAAAAAGGGAAACUUUGUUGCAAGAACAAAUAGAAGUUUUCCACCUAGAGGGAGUCUGUGAAACUGUAACCAACUCCAGGGAGCCGGCAGCUGUUACAGAUUACAACCGUGGGAACAGGCAUCUGACCUUGCAGGACAAUGUAUUCAGAAGCUUUGUUGUGUGCUCUUUAUAAAACAAAUGCCCUACUGGAACAAUUACAUGAGAAGGUGAAUUGGAUGGCGACUUCGACUAGAAAUUUUGAACAGGCAGUGGGAAAAUAUGUGGAGCCCACUCAGGAAUUAAAUCAGAAGUGUGUCUUGACAGAACAGGCCCAACAGGAAUAUGAGUUUUCGGAUUUGACAAAUGAACUUGGAAAAAGCCAGAUUUGGAAAGGAAAAGUUUGGUUUGGCUAGGAAAUGGGGGGAGGAUUGACCCCCCCUAUGCUGGGACGUUUGGACUUUUCAAAUAUGGCAGUGGGCCGUGAGAUGUUUGGGUUUGUGGGGGCUCUUAAUUUUGGAGGGUCUUUGAAACAUGCUUUUAAAUACUACAUGUAAUUCAGUGUUGAAUAUGGAAAAGGGGCUGAUCUGUCGAGAAGGGUUAAGAACAUUGUCAAGCUGGAGUUACCACGAGCAGGAGACAAAGGAAAAAACAGUUACAAAUAUGAAAAAGAGUUGCGGAAGGGACAUGGAAGAGACUUGAGGGCCUCAGAUAUAAGGUUGCCAGGUUAAUGGGCUAGAUCGACAGGAUAAUAAGGACUGACAAAACCCGGAACCAGGAGGAAGGGACGUUGGAUGAAGAUUGGAUUUGUAUCUCUUUUCUCUACCAUUAGAACUGUUUUAUAAAAUUGAUGAAUGUUAGAAAAAUGUUGGAAUGAAAUUACUUGGCUUUAGCAAAGAUGUUUAAAGAAUUAUGAAAGAAUAUUAUGGUUAUGAGAAGUUGGUAAGGAUAAGAUUUAAGUUUUAAGCUUUAAGGUUUAUUAUAGAAAGAUAAGAUUAAAACAGUUUAGGGUAAUGUAAUGACAGAAUAUUAUGAAACGGAAAGGAUUUGCUGGGAUAAUUAAUAACUAGGAUACAAAGAAAGGGAGGAGGAGGAGGUCUAAGAAAGAAGGCAAUGACAGUUAAGGAUUUGAAAAUAAUGAAUUUGUUUUUAAAUGUUUUUAUGUAUUUUUGUAUUUUUCUUUUUUUUCUGUCACUUUUUUUUAUUUUGAAUUUUUACUCAUAUGGUGGGAAGGGGUUUGUUUUUUUUCUUUUUCUACUUUGUCAACUAUUUUUAUUUGUACUUUCUUUUGCUUCUAUUUAAUUUUUUUCUUUUUGUAACACUUUGAAAAUUUUAAUAAAUAUCAUUUUUUUUUAAAAAAAAAGAAAAAUACAAUUUAAAAAGCAUACUUUUUCUUACCAAAUUUAAUAUUGUUCUGUUUAUUUUAAAAAUUAUAAUAAUGUGCUCGCCUUUCCAUACUAGGAUGGACCCCCUCCUCCCCCGAAAUAUGAUAUGAUUUUGCAACUGGGAAUUCUUCUUUUAUUAAGCAAUUAAUAUACUAAGGAUGUGGUCUGUGUAUAUUUACUUGGAAGUAUCCUACUAAGUUUAACAGACUUACAGUCAGGGAAGUAUAUAUAGAAUUGCAGCCUGGAAUUCUAAGCAUAGCAGAUUUAAUUCCCAUCUUGUAGGUUGUCCCUAGUUUUCUCAACUUCAAAAAUUAUAAAGAGGCUGCUUACUUUUGAUUUGAUUAAUGCUUGUAGAGCAUAAAAAAUAAGACUAAACCCACCUGGUUAAAGAAAAUUUCUAAUCUAAUGUGGCUCUUCGAAAUAGGCAUAUUUUUGCCUAAGCCUUUUCAUGUUACUCACAGUUCUAAAAAUAAAUGUGGCGCUUCAGCUUGAAUGCCUUUCUAAAUAUCCCUUUUCGAAAUCAAGCAUAAUCUGUUCUUCUGUGAUUCUUCAGCAAAAAUGUUCAGGCGUGUUCUGACCAUUGUUCAAGCCCAUUGCAAGCUUGGGCUGACAGCUACUCUUGUCAGAGAAGAUGACAAAAUCGUAGACUUGAAUUUCCUCAUUGGGCCUAAACUGUAUGAAGCCAAUUGGAUGGAGCUGCAGAACAAUGGCUAUAUUGCAAAAGUCCAGUGUGCUGAGGUAAAUUAUACCUUGCUCCUUAAAGCUGUUGUUCUUCCUUGGACUCCUGAUUAUGUUCUUAAACAUUCAGAUUAUGUUCUUAAACAUUCAGAGUAGCCACAGAAUUGCUUUUUCUGUAGAUCAAUUUCUUUUUUCUAACCUAAAACUCUGAAAUGUCUAUCAUUGGGUAUACGUCCAUGGGUUAUAAUGCUCCUAUUCUGCAAUGAGUUUUCCCCUAUCAUGGAAUUUAAAAUCAGGAAACAGGACUGAUACAAAUCAUGGCAAAUUUUCCCAGUAUUAAAUCUGUUAGCUUUUCAGCUAUUGCACACAGCUGAAAAAUGAAGAUGCUACAAAUACUACAGUCUUAAGCACUCUUGAGCAAUUGUUUGCUUACAGUGGUCUUUUUAUAUAUAUUUGCCUUACUAAAGCCCUUUUCUGGUAUUCAUCUUCUGAGUUAAAAAAGCACCAUGGAGGGUGGCAGCAGUGAUGAGUAUGCUACUGUCCCUACUUAAUUUGCUGGAGGGGGGAAACUAAUGCAUUCAUCUCUGUGUCUCUCUCUCCCCACCCCCAAGCGUUUGCUUAGUUCAGAAGAAGAAUGCCUGAAGAGAGCUUUCGUCUUGCAAAUAGACAGUAUAUAAAAAUCCUCUCUCAGAAAGUUGCAUUUUGAGUUAACCCAUUUUUACCAUGUGAAAUAACCAGUCUGCUUUGAAACGCUCAGUUCUCCUCAGCAACAGCAGAGGGCAGCGCCCCAUUGCAUGAUCAGGCAACGCUGUGUUUGGGGCAUGUGAGUUGAACUAUUUCUUGUUAACUUGAAACCAGAGAGGUGGAUGGCAGGAACUGCUGCACAGGGUUUACUGCUCGUAAGGGUGAGAAUACUGGAUGAACUGCAGCCAGAAUGGUAUUUGCCCAGAAGUGGGAAGAAGAUGCUGUACCAACUAAGGAAGAGCGGCUGAUUAAAUUGAUGGAUUAUGCUGAAAUGGCAAAACUGGCAGGUGUAAUAAGAAAUGGGGGGGGUGAUCUUAAAGAGUGGGGGAAAUUUUUAGAAUAUUUGAAAAUUUCUGGCAUACAGGCACGUUCAUUAGUAGGAUUAAUUUAAACCAAGCAGUUAAAAUUGUACUAAGAUAAAUGGAAGAAUAACAAAAAAAUGGAGUAAAGUGGAAAAUGCAGUGUUAUACAAUCUAAAUUAGAAAAGGAACCACAAAAGACUGGGUGAGGGAAGUCAAAUAUGCAAUUGUAUUGGAGGUAUGUGUUUGUAAGGUGUGUAUUUGUCAACUUUUGAAAAAUGGAAAAUAACAUUUAUUUUAAAAAGAGAAUACUGGAUAAUCUGGCAGGGUGACCCAGAGGCCUGAAAGUACCCGAACCUAGAAAUAUCACUAAAAGUAGUCUACCCCAUAUUGGGGGGUGGGAGUGUGACAUCACACAUUUCUCUUACUUUUAUUAAGCAUUGCUUCACGUCUUGAAAGGUAGCAGUGAGAGAGGAUGCACAGGUGAGUCAUCUAUCCUCAGCUCAUUGUGUUUAGACACAAUGCACUGAUUUACGUUGUCCAAGGGAUGCAGUGAAUAAUUUUCCUUCUUCUUUUUAGGUUUCCUUUUAAAAAUUCACAAACAUCCUUUUUCAAUUGUGAAUAUCUCCUCUUGUUGAGGUGCUGUGUGGCUCCUUCAUCCUUUUUUAUCAUACAGCAUAACCUAUAGACUUUUAUCAUAGUUCUCUUCUGAGAAAUAUCUUACAGAAAUAUCCUGACUGGAAUCUAACUUUGUUUUAUUUGGCUUAAACAUAGGUAUGGUGCCCAAUGUCUCCUGAGUUCUACAGAGAGUAUGUGGCUAUUAAAACAAAGAAGAGGAUAUUGCUCUAUACAAUGAACCCAAACAAAUUCAGGGCUUGCCAGUUCCUGAUUAAGUUUCAUGAGCGAAGGAAUGACAAAAUCAUAGUCUUUGCAGACAAUGUGUUUGCUUUGAAGGAGUAUGCAGUUAGGCUGGGCAAGUAAGUAUUGAAUGAAGCAUAGACAUGAAGAUAUAUAUGUGUUAUGCUUACCCAUAUGUUUCAUAUCCACAGUAAAAUGGAAUGGUGAACAGCAUUGACUCGCUUAGUCUUUUCCCAGUGCUGUCAAAAAUAGCAUUUGGUUUUUCUGCUGAUUCUCCUUCCUCUUAAAAAACAAACUAUAGUGAUGGAGAGCAAGAGAUUAUUAUAAACAUCUAUACAAUUUGCAGAAGCAAUAUUUGGAGGAAGGGUUCAAAUCUUGGAUCAUAUGUAAAAUUGUAUUCUAAUUAAGAGAUUGUAUCCAACACUAUUUGUGAAUGGAGCACACUGAGCCAGUUCCUACAGUACCAGGGUCUAUAGAGCCAGAGUCCGGACCUUUAAAGGUGCCUUCCCCUAGGCUGGAGGAACUGAGGGCCUCACAAAGUACUUCACCAAUUCAACAGUACAAGAAGCGCACCAGGAGGCCAUGAAGUGUGGGAUAAAUUCCUGAUUUCAGGCCAAGUGUUGGCCUUUUGUUCCCAAAAAGCGAUAGAGCCUAGGAGUAGUGGACUGGAGGCCAAGACUUCGAAGGCCUCCGGUCACUUCCGCUCCCUGUCAGAGGAAGUUGCCCAGUCAGAGCUCUUGGCAGAACUGUGACACUGACCCUCCAUACCCUGUGGGCUCUUCUGCAGGAGCAGAACUGGAUACCUACAUAAACUUUAAACUGAACAAAAUGAGAUUUUUAUUAAGAAAUGUUCAGUGGUGUGGGGCUUGACUGGACAAAAGUGCUGUUGCUCAGAGAGAGCAACAGAACUUGUUUAAUGUUGCUUUAACUACUUCUAAAAAGGGGUUUAUCUUAUGUGGAGAAUUGUGAGGACAGUUGGAAACUUAUUCAAAUAAGUCACAUUAGAUACGUUUAGGCCAUAGUUCAGUCAUAGUAACAUGCUUUACAUUUGGAAAGUUCAGAUUCAGUCGCUGACAUCACCACUUAAAAAUAUCAGGGACCAGAUGAUGCAGAAGAAAUCAAGUCCCCGGAGAGCCACCAUCAAAGCAGACAAUACUAGGCUAGAUGUCCAACUGGUUUCAUUAAGAUGUAAAGAAAAACUCUGGUUUAUUAUUAUUAUUAUUAGUGGAAUGAGUUACGGUGAGGCUCUGGAUUGCGUAGUCUUCUGGCACAGCUGCGAGGAGGAGACGGGAGCUUUUGCAUAUGGACAAGCUGAGACCAAGACAACUUGGGUCCUAACCCAUCAUUUGAAGCUGACUUGAUUCCACAAACCGUAGUUAAGAUUAACCACAGCUUGCUCAAGUUCAGAUGUAAUGACAAGAUGCAGUUAAUAAAAAAUGGAAGGGAGAGCUUCCCACCUGCCUGUCAUUGUGCUGGAAGAGGAGAGGGAGAGCAAAAGCACAAGAGCCCCAGCUUCACUUCAGCUGAUUCCUUUAAUGAUAAAGUAUCAUUAAAUCCAAACAUAACCAGUGUCUGACGCGGUAGAGCAGUGCUUACGGUUGUUUAUUUUGAAUUGACCUACAUUCUGAAACUUACCGGUUCAUUAUUUCCAACCCAGCGAUGGUCGCUUUGCCAAUAUUUGCCGAUGAAUAUAAGCAUAAUAGCAAUGUGGGAGCAAGUUUUACCACAUGCUUUUUUGUUUCUAUAGUUACAAAUCACCUUUGCCUCAGGACAGGGUAUACUGUUUAAUGUACAGGUACAAAAAUGCUGUCUAAGAACCAUAGAAGUACUGUGUCGAGUGGUGCUCGUUACUGCACAAAACAGCAAAAUUGCUCAUGGUAGCUGGGAGAUACUGUGCCCUCACUCUCAAGUCAUGCUAAGCCGAGCCAUGGUUUAGCAUGAACAAGCAAAGAGCAGAGGUUGAAGCCACUGUUCUCCCUCCCUUCACCAGCCAUCUGGUUACUAUGUCAGGCUAUGGUUUCACUUAGUAUGUUGUUUGAGCUAUGGUUUGUGGUUUAGCUCUCUUCCAGACAAACCACAACCUGGAACCAAGGUCAGCUCUAUGGUUUGCAACUCAUACAUUGUCUGGAGAGAGCUAGACAACAAAUCUGCAUAGUCUUAAGCAUUGUUUGGCACUGCAUGUGAACCUGGCCUGUGUGAAUCUGAAUCUACCAAGAAACUGAAAUCCAUAUAUUUUCUCAGAUGUGUUGUAUAUAUCCCUUUUUCUCUCUCUUCCUUUGGUUUUGUAAAAAGAUACGGUUGCUCUUUUGUGUGGUUUCUUCUUCUUCUUCUUCUUCUUCUUUUUGGCCAAGUAAACAAGACAUUUCUUCCUCCCUAGAUGGUUUUACUUCUGUAAAGCCUAAACAGUCUCUUUGGUUGCUGUUCUUGACCAAGCUCUUUAGGCUCAGCAACCUGGAUACUCUGUCCCAAAGGGUGCAGGGACACUCCCAGAAAAAAAAUUAAUCCACAGGGCAGCUUGUUACGCAAGGACACGAGUGGGAAGGGGGAAGGGAGGACACAGCUGUUAAUGUGCUAACUCAGUGAAUUUAACAAAAGAAAACACCUUUUUUAUUUUAACAGCUGCUGCUAUCCUUUCAUGUAGGAUUAGCAGAUAAAUUCAGCCCACUGAUCUGUUGAGUCAGGAGGCACACAUCAAGCGAAUAACAUUUACAACUGUCUGGAUUUAUUUCUUUGGAAGGGGUGUCGGGAAGAAUGGGUUUAUCUUCAGGCGGGUGGGUCCUCAGUGCAGUCGGCAAAGAAUGCUGCAAGGAAAGCAAAGUAUUUUUGUAUUUUGAAUGGAAUGUGGAAAAUAUGCGAAACAGAUUUAUUUUAAAAUUCCCAUGGUUUUCGAGUCUUCGUAAUGCCUGUUCCACAUACCUGAGUCCAUGGGACAGAAGGCGACACCCGUUCAUCACAAUUUUUUGUGUCCUUUUUUCUAUUUAGACCCUAUAUAUAUGGGCCUACAGCACAGGGGGAAAGAAUGCAGAUCCUACAGAAUUUCAAACACAACCCCAAAAUCAACACCAUCUUUAUUUCAAAGGUAAUGGAAAGCGAUCUGUUAGUUACCAAAUUGGCUUGGGAUGUUACAUGGCUUAUUUUGAGCAGCCUGUGAAACGGCUAUAAUGUUGACAGAUUUAUUUAUUUACUUUACUGUAGCCCACAAAUCUGCAUUGCUUGUUAAAGAGUUGUUUGCUUUUAUUUUCAAUGCUGGAAACAACACAUUCGUUAAGAGGUUGUUUCUGUAUUGUAGGUAGGAGACACGUCCUUUGAUUUGCCAGAAGCCAAUGUCCUCAUUCAGAUUUCGUCCCACGGCGGGUCUCGAAGGCAGGAGGCUCAACGAUUGGGUCGAGUGCUGAGAGCCAAAAAAGGUAACUCAAGGCCUGUGCCCCUGAAAGUCUUCCAUUUUAAUGGGACACUCAAGCAUGAAAGUAACAUAAGUCAACUCAUGUAGCCGACUAAGCAUGUACAAUUUGCCAUUGUGCUAGUUUGUCACUAUCAGCUCCAGGUCACAGGUUAAAACAAAAUUCAAGGGUAGUUCUAAAACGUGCUGCAGUAGGGGGCCAUCUUUCCCUUUGUCUUUCUUGCCUAAUCGCUCCUCACAUGACACUGAGCAUUAGCAUUUUGUAUGUCUUGUAAAGACACACUUUCGCAGGCCUUGUGCUCAAGGGGCUCUGUUCUAAUUGUUCUUACUGAACUUCCAAGGCAGCUGUGUUAGAGUUCUAAGGUGUGUCUGUUGCAUAGUACUAGGAUCUUUGCAUAGGAUUUGGGGCUUGGAUGAACAUGCUUCCUGCUGCUUUGCUGAUCAUUUUUAACACCUUGACCAGCAAAGGGCUCUAUGCAUGUGGCAGUGUGCUGCUGGCAGUAAUGGCACCCAGCUCUUAGAAUCGUAGGUUUGGAAGGGGCCCCAAGGGUCAUCUAGUCUAGUACAGCCCUUCGAUGCAAGAAUCUGUCACCCAACAUGGGGCUCAGACCCACUUCCCUGAGAUUAAGAGUCUUGUGCUCUUCCCAACAGAUAUCAUUGGAUUGGGGGAGAUUAGAAUUAUCCAGUGUUUAAGCAUAGGGAUAAUGGGAAGUAAUUGCAUGGAAUAAAGAAUUCCUGCCUACAUUGAUGUGUGUGUGUUUCUUUCAAAUGAAGGCAUUGUUAGGGGGAAAGGAAACAAGAAUAAAUAUGAAACAUAAGAAUAGUUGCUAACACCAAAUAGCUGAAUUUUACUACUUAUAGUAGAAGGUUGUAUUUUAGCUUGCUUUACAUGACCUUAUGGAAAGAAUUCUAACGGUGUUGUGUCUUUGGUUUAUAGCUUGGGUGUACCUCAUAUCCUAAUACAAUCCUAGCUACUCAAGUGAAAUAUUGGGUAUGGAGAACAUACAAACAAAAAACCACUGAUUUCAUAUAUGACAUGUAUAGGUUGGUUGAUGCGAAAUAUUCUUUGUGCACUACACACCAGAAGGGUAUGAUUCUGCAAUUACUGCAAACGCUGAAUGGAGGGUGGCAGAAGGAAACCUGGCUCCUGCCCAGUUGACUUAGAGAGACCAGGGUGCUUUGAGCUGAAAUAACCACUUGGGACUUUUGCCCAUCUAAGGGGAGCUCUUUUCCUUUGCCUAACUGCAGCUGUUGAAUUGGCAGCUGGUGGUUUACUUGAUUAUCAGCGAUCGUCGGCUGCUGACAUGGCAAUAAGAUAACUACAAAAUGUUUGUUUCUUGACAUCCUGACGUGCUUUUAUGUGCUACUACUUCUCUAGGAAUGGUUGCAGAGGAGUACAAUGCCUUCUUUUAUUCCCUGGUCUCCCAGGACACUCAAGAAAUGGCAUACUCAACCAAACGUCAACGGUUUCUAGUAGAUCAAGGCUACAGCUUUAAGGUAAUGUUGUCCCCCGUUAACUUGCAAUAUUUUUUACAGUGACUGGCACCUGAGUGUUCUGUGGAUCAACAACGCCGCAACUUAGAAACACAGUAACACUGCACUAACUUUAUUACCUCUGGUUCUGUGUUGCUCAUAAAGAGAUAAAGGUGGGACAACAAUCACAUCAAAUAUGUUGCUUCACCUUGGUUAUUUAAUAGUUAAUUGUUUAGAAGUUGCACUGUUACUGAUACAAACUCGAAUUUAUUUAUUACACACACACCCUGCUCUUUUCUUGAAUUAGCUCAAGGCAACAUGUACAGCUCUCCUCUAUUAUCCUACCAAAUAGGCUGGAUAAUAGAGAGUGGGAUGGAGGGGGUUAGGCCUUAGAUCACCCAGUGGGCUUCAUGUCUAUGUGGGAAACUGAACUUUGGCACUCCCCAGUCUUAGUCCAAUUCCAUAACGCAGGGGUAGCCAAAAUAGUGCCCUUCAGAUGUUGUACUACAACUUCCAGCAGUCUCAGCCAGCCCAGUCAGGGAUUCUUCUGCUAAACACUGUAUCACCCCGGCCCAUUAUUUCCUCAGAUGAUGAUGAUGAUAAUAAUAAUAAUAAUAAUAAUAAUAAUAAUAAUUAAUUAAUUUAUUCAUACCCCGCCCAUCUAGCUGGGUUUCCCCAGCCACUCUGGGCGGCUUCCAGCAAAACACUAAAAUACAAUAACCUAUUAAACAUUAAAAGUUUCCCUAAACAGGGCUGCCUUCAGAUGUCUUCUAAAAGUUUGGUAGUUAUUUUUCUCUUUGACAUCUGGUGGGAGGGAGUUCCACAGGGCGGGCACCACUACUGAGAAGGCCCUCUGCCUGGUUCCCUGUAACUUGGCUUCUUGCAGCGAGGGAACCGCCAGAAGGCCCUCAGCGCUGGACCUCAGUGUCCGGGCAGAACAAUGGGGGUGGAGACACUCCUUCAGGUAUACUGGACUGAGUACAGUGCCGCAUCCAUAAGCUUCACUAUGAGAGGCGUAGUUAAUUUCUGUAUGUAACAUCUCUCUCCCUUCCUGUGUCUCAGGUGAUCACUAAACUUGCAGGUAUGGAGGAGGAAGAGCUUAUGUUUUCAUCCAAGGAAGAUCAGCAGCAGCUUCUCCAAAAGGUUUUGCAAGCAUCAGAUAUGGAUGCUGAGGAAGAGGUGGUUGCAGGAGAGUACGGCUCAAAGUCAUCUCAGGCAAGUGGAUAUCAUGGUAGCCUGUCAAGUUUGAUGUGGAGCAAAGAGGAAUUUAAUGUUCAACGCCGCUCACCACACCCACCGCCCAAGGGAAGUGGCCCUGCCUCUACCUGCUUCAGUGGCAGUGGCUUCUAUGAUGAAUGAGAGGAAAGGAAGUAGAAAGUUAUUUUCCCCAUUCCUGUCCAUCCUGCAAGAAAGAAUAAAAGGAGGGAGUUUCUUUCAGGAUACAGGUAGUGAAUGAUUAUGAGGGGACACAACCUCGCUCCGAAAAUAAAGUGUGUGUGUGUGUGUGUGUGUGUGUGUGUAACUAUCACAAAUCUUGUUCACACAUCAUAUGAAUGUAGGGGUUUCAUAUGUAGAACAGACAUUGCUACCCUGACAUUGCACUUUCUGCUGGUCCUAGCCUCUCCACUCCCACAUGGCAGUUCAAGUGUAGGCACACUCUGCUCAGUUGAGACGUCUGUGUGAAAAAGGGUUGCAGGCUGUGCCUUAGACGGUAGACGUUACUAAAUUCUUACCCUCUGUCCUUCUAGGUUUCCCGGCACUAUGGCACAAUGAGCUCUAUGUCUGGAGCAGAUGAUACAGUUUACAUGGAAUACCAAGCCUCACGAAGCAGGGGCUCCUCAAAUAAACACGUCCAUCCCCUUUUCAAACGCUUUAGGAAAUAGUACAAGGAGAGUGCAUUAUGCAUCUCUUCUUCCUGUAAGAAGAGGAGAUAGAUGAGUGAAGCAAACUCGUAUUUUACAAAUGGACUUUACCUUUAUUAUUUAUGUGUGGUAUUUCGUAGGUAAUGCUUUCAAUUUUUAUUUAACAGUUUAAAGAUGACUUCAGAAUAAUUCUCAGCUGAGGAAACUAUUUUUUGCAUAUGUUUGUUACAAGUACACGGUAAAGGUUCAGAUAUCUUGAAAGCACUGAAUAAAAAUACUCUGUACAAAAACUACCCGU